AUGAACAAGCAGCUGGGAGUCAUAUUUAUGCUUGUCUGUUGUGCAUUUGCCGCACCUCAGCGAAAAAACGGAAGUGGAGGCGGUGGUGAUGAGAGCUCAGCCACUGUCGUGAAGCAGGAUCAACAGUUGAAUCCGGAUGGAUCGUACAGCUUCAUCUAUGAAACUAGCAAUGGAAUCAAAGCUGCUGUCAGCAGUUCUGAUGGAAUAGCCGCCACCGGAGAAUUCUCAUACACCGCUCCUGAGGGAGAAAAAAUCCAACUGAAUUACGUCGCCAACGAAGGAGGCUUCCAACCCCAAGGAGCCCAUCUUCCGGUGGAGCCUCCAGUUCCGGACCAUGUUAUUAAAAGUCUGGAAGAAAUCCGCGCCAACCCACCGAAGGAUCCAGACUUCAACGCAGCCUUCCUCGAAUCUGUUAUCGCCAGAUUGAAGUCCCUGCAAGGUUAA